UCCUGGGUGUACUGACCCCUGUGUGGAAGUCAACUAGGAGCUCUGCACAGAACUCCGUAUCUGGGUCAUGUCGAAACAUGUGCAUGUAGGUUCAAAGUUGAAACACUCAUUGCUGCUGUAGACGUGUCGACUGGAGGACCAUGGCGGACUUUGUGAUUCUAAAGACCCAGAAGGAGAACCCGUGCUUACAUUUGAAAGGUUAUAGGUAUCAUAAGAAACGGACGAACCAAAACGGAAGCACAGCGUGGCGGUGCGCAUCGUACCUGACUAGUAAUUGCAAAGCUAGCGUCAUCACCGAAGGCGAGCAAGUGCGACGACGUCUCCACGAGCACAAUCAUCCCGCGGACAGUGCGGCAGCGCUUAAAGAUGAGUUCCGAGGAGUACUGAAGGACAAAGCGAGGCAAAGCCCCCAUGUUGCAGCCCCAGAACUGUACAAUGCCGAGCUUCUCAGGAUAUCGCAAACUGCAGACCGCGACGCAUUAGGGGAGCUUCCUACGUUUAAUAGCCUGAAAGACACUAUAUACCGAGAAAAGAACAAGCUUCAACCACCACUGCCGAGUUCGGCUGCUGACGUUGACCUGCCUGACCACUACAGAGUAACGGAGGACGGCCAGCCCUUUCUUGUGAUAGAUCAGUCGGUCGACCAACGGAUUCUGGGGUUUGCAUCCCCCACGGGCCUGAAGCUAAUUGCUCAGGCGCAUGAGAUUUUUUUAGACGGAACAUUCUUCGUUGUUCCCCGAGUGUUCGACCAACUUCUGACUGUCCACCUGUCCGUUGGCGGCAGGUUUCUUCCCUGUGCCUAUAUCCUUUUGCCCGGGAGGUCGACGGCGAUCUACUCGUGCGCACUUUCUCUUCUGAAAGACGCUUGCAUAUCAGCAGGAUACGCUAGUCCUACUCCAACGCUAUUCUUCACCGACUUUGAACAGGGACUUAUCCAAGCAUUGAGAACAGUGUUCCCAAGCGCCGUGCAUCGUGGAUGUCACUUCCACUUUACCCAAAGAGUGUGGGCCGCAGUGCAGCGACUUUCGUUGCAAACCACGUACCACGAGGUGCCCGCAGUCAAGUCGCUGGUCCGGAAAAUGGUGUCCCUCGCUUUCCUCCCACCCCCUAUGGUGCCGCGUGCGUGGGCAGUGCUUCGGCAAGAUGGACAGGAAGCUGGAGAGCCCAACGUCGAUCGACUAAUCGACUACUUCGAAAGCACGUGGAUGGAGGGAAACUUCGAAGUUCAUCAGUGGAAUCACAACGGCAACCGUGGUCCGAGGACAAACAACCACCUUGAAGCGUGGCAUCGAAAAAUUAAUGCACGGGUCAACAAAGCGCACCCAAAUAUAUAUUCGUUCGUCGAUCUUAUCAAGAAGGACGAAGCGCUGAACAGCAUCCACCUGCUGCAACUAUCUCACGGAGGCAGCCUUCGUGCCCGGGAUCGAAAAUGGGUGCAUAAAGACAGAAAGCUGGAGCAACUCGAAUCGGACCUCAACAACGAGAGGCUGACGAUGCUCCAGUUUUUAAACGAAGCGAAGCAAUUCUGUGGUCUGUAGCCCUUCUCAGAAAAUUUUGUAUGCGUCGUACAGCGGUUACAAUAAAAACAAAAUGAGCAGAAAAAUAAAUAAAUAACAAAAGCUAUGUUCCAUUGCCUAUUUAAAAACCCGCACGCAGAAAGCGCAAACUACCACCGUUGGGUUGAAAUAAGCAGGGUAGUUAUACGAAAGGGUUAUUUUGAGAAAAACCGGUAUGGUUAGUUUUGAGAAGAGCGUGCCGCGA